AUUCAUUCCCACCCUUCGAGUUCAUGCCAGAGAGUUUCUUUAUGGCGACUGGUUUGCUGAUGUGGCAGCAUAUGAUGACGGAAGCUGAGUAAACAGACCUGCAGCCUGUUAAAGAGAGAGGAAACAGUAGAAUAUUGUGACAAUGGACGAGUCUUUCGAUCCACUCAAGUGCAACGAGGACCUGCCUUCCUCACCUGCAUGCCACAUGGAAUAUGAUGACCUGCCGGAGCUGCAGGAGGUGGAGGAGGACCAGAGGUCUCCAGGGAUAUUUCAGGUUGGAGCAGGAGUGUCCCACCAGGAGCUCAGCUGCUCACCCAGCACCAACUGGCUGGCUGAGCUGGCUAACAUUGCCACCAACCCUAAGACCUCCCUGCUAAAGAGCGCCCCCCUCAAGAGAUCAUCACCAGUCCACAUCAGUAAUAGUUUACAUUCCUACGCUCGCCCCCCAUUAGCCAGCAGUGCCCCCAUCCCGUCCAGAGGCUACCUCAGGGAGCGCAGGCGUGUCAGGGCCAGCAGCGAGUCCGAAUCUGGAGUUUUCUCAAUGUCCUCCUCUUUUUCUGAUGAUGAAGACAUGGCCUGGUCCCACUCCUGGCCCUCCACAGCCUGGCAUUGCUUCCUUAAAGGAACUCGCCUGCGCUUCCACCGAGGUCCGAAUGUGGAGUGGCAGGACGCGGAUGAACUGGGGGAUUCUGAUGAGGACACAGACGAUGAAACCAUGAGGCCAUUCUCCUUCUCUUUAAAGAGAUACGGUUCAGAGGGGAUGAAGUUGGUGAGCCAUGAAGAGACGGUGUCUUUUGGCCAGGCUGUCCUCAAACUGACCUUUGACCCCGGCUCACCUGAGGAGGGCCUUUUGACAGCUGAAUGCCGAUUGGAUCACCCAUUUUUUGUCAAAAACAGAGGGUGGUGUUCCUUUUAUCCGAGCCUCACCGUGGUGCAUCAUGGGAUCCCUUGUUACGAGAUGCAGGUGGGCAACGUGUGCCUCCCCCCAAACCACCCAGAAGCCAUCAACUGCGAUGACUCUGUUGUCUUUGACACCUUCAGAAGCUAUGACUUCACCCCCCUGGACUCCUCAGCAGUGUACGUCCUGAGCAGCAUGGCCCGGCAGCGCAGGACGUCUCUGUCCAGCAGCGGCGCCGUCAGUCCGGACUGUGACAAGCUGGAGCGCUCCGGCUCCCCUCAGUCCUCCACCGGAAAAUCCAACAAGAGCAACACCUCAGUGACAGCCACUGUUGCCACGCCUAUAAAAUGCAAGCGUCCAAUGAAUGCCUUCAUGCUCUUCGCCAAGAAGUACAGAGUAGAGUACACGCAUAUGUAUCCUGGGAAGGACAACAGAGCCAUUAGUGUCAUCCUGGGUGACAAGUGGAAGAAGAUGAAGAAUGAGGAGCGGAGGCUGUACACCAUGGAGGCCAAAGUCCUGGCUGAGGAGCAGAAAAGAAUCAAUCCAGACUGCUGGAAACGUAAAAGAACCAACUCGGGCUCCCAGCAGACCUAGAUAAUCCCCCAGAAUCCCCGGCUGCAGGUGCUUUGACACGGCGAGGUGCUGGACAGAGUCCGACGGACCGCUUGAUGCCUCCUUGCUCUCUCGACUGUGACGCAGAGUUCACUCGCUUUUUGUAACCUUGAAGCAUUAUUAGAGACAACCCAGAAUUAUGAACUAUAAACAAAACAUGUAAUCUAGUCACUAACAGUGCAUAUAUUUUCUUAUAUCUUUAAUGUCAAAGGCUUCUUAUUCCCCUGAUAAGAACUUCCUCAUGUAUUUCAGGUUAUUUUAUAUUCAAGGUUGAUACAAAUUGAGAGCAUGUGGUGCUAUGCUUCAGUGUAAAAGGAGCAGUAAACGACAAGUGUGUAUUUAUAACUGUAAAAAGGGGAAUUCUAGCAAACUUUUCCACAACUUUUCAAAUUGAUUAUAUUUGUAAAAGUCAAUAUAUUGCAUCCUUUAAUGCAUUUUGUAAUACAGUAUAUUCUGCAGCUGAACUUUUGCCAACAGUUUGAGAUGCUGCCCUGCCAUGUCUGUAGACUUUAGCCCAGCCACUCGGCCAUAUGACGCUUCAGCAUGUGGUGGAGGGCUUACACUCAGUCACAAAGCACUUCAGACUUCGCUGUAAGUGUUUCUUUUGCACUUUAUAUAAAUAUGUAACCUAAUCAUAUACAGCCAUUGUAUACAAGUGGAAACCAUUUGUUUCUUACAGCUAGUAUCUUGACAGUUAGCCGUUUGACACAAUCAUGGCCCAGUAGCCGUGUUCUGCUUCCAGGUUGAAUUUUAAAGUGCUUUGUUCAUAAUGUACAGGUCUCACAGCCCCAACAACCUCUUGCACAACAUAUCCUUGUAUCAUAUUAUAAAUACUUUUUUUUUAAACUUGCAUCUUAUACAAGUGUUUGGUUCUUUUCAAAAACUGUAAUCACAACCUGCCGGGGUGCUUGUCCUUGUGUUUGAAUACAUGUUAAAAUGUG